UAUCUUGGUGGGGUGGGAUUUUUUUCUUGUAUGCAAGUCAAAAGUCCAUAUUUUUUUUUCUUUUUUAGCCAUGUGAGUUGAGUGUGUCACCAUCUGCCCAUCUUUUCUUCAGAUGGGAUUUAAUUAUUACAUAUUGUGUUUGUUUAACGGUGCAAACUUUUGUUGAAAUUUGGGGUUUUGAUGUUACCCAUUUCUUGUUAAGGUUUGAAGUUGUGAGCUUUAGAUAAAAUUUGGGGGUUUUGAUGAUACCCAUUUCUUCUUUUUGAUUAAAGGUGUGGACUUUAGUUGAAAUUUGAGGGUUUUUGAUGAUACCCAUUUCUUGUUUUUGAUUAAAGGUGUAAACUUUACUAGAAAUCUGGGGGUUUUGAUGAUACCCAUUCGGUUUUAAACUAAAAAGAUGAAAUCUUGUGGUGAAAAAGAAGUGGAAUCUUGGUAUGUUGUGAAAUCAAAAGGUAAGAAGAAGAAGAAGAAUGAUAAGCAUAAAAGAAGUGAUGAAACUUGUGUAGAUGGUGAAAGUGAAGGGACUACUAGCAGUGGAUGUUGGAACAGGUGGAAUAUUAUUGGUAGCUGUGUUUCUUCAAGAUCUAAAGUUGAUAGCUCAAUUAGUGGCAUCAGUACUAACUGUGCAGAAAGUAAAUCGAUAAAUGAUACAAGUAAAGAUGAGCCAGUUGUUCCAAUAAUCUCAUCAACUACCACAAGCACAGGGGAAAGCAAUUCAUCCACCCAGAAACUAGAAGAAGAACUCAAAAUUGCUUCCCGUCUUCGAAAAUUUGCAUUCAAUGAUCUUAAAAUGGCAACACGAAACUUUAGACCUGAAAGCCUUCUUGGUGAAGGGGGAUUUGGGUGUGUAUUCAAAGGAUGGAUUGAGGAGAAUGGAACUGCGCCUGUGAAACCAGGCACGGGACUUACUGUUGCUGUUAAAACUCUCAAUCAUGACGGGCUUCAAGGCCAUAAGGAGUGGCUGGCAGAAGUAAAUUAUCUAGGUGAUCUCAUUCAUCCAAAUUUGGUUAAAUUGAUUGGUUACUGCAUUGAAGAUGAUCAACGUCUGCUAGCAUAUGAGUUCAUGCCUCGAGGGAGCUUGGAGAAUCACUUAUUUAGAAGGUCUUUACCUCUUCCAUGGUCCAUCAGAAUGAAAAUUGCAUUUGGAGCUGCGAAGGGUCUUGCUUUUCUUCAUGAAGAAGCAUUAAAACCUGUGAUAUAUCGUGAUUUCAAAACCUCCAACAUUUUGUUAGAUGCAGAAUAUAAUGCGAAGCUUUCUGAUUUUGGUCUUGCUAAAGAUGCCCCAGAAGGUGAUAAAACUCAUGUAUCUACACGAGUCAUGGGAACUUAUGGUUAUGCAGCUCCAGAAUAUGUAAUGACAGGACAUCUUACUGCAAAGAGUGAUGUAUAUAGUUUUGGUGUCGUUUUGCUUGAAAUGUUGACCGGAAGGAGGUCAAUGGACAAAAAUCGUCCAAACGGUGAACACAAUCUAGUUGAAUGGGCUCGGCCCCAUUUAGGAGAGAGGAGGAGGUUCUAUAAGCUGAUAGACCCACGGCUUGAGGGUCAUUUCUCUAUAAAGGGAGCUCAGAAAGCUGCUCACCUAGCAGCCCGUUGCUUAAGUCGCGACCCUAAAGUCAGACCUUUAAUGAGUGAAGUUGUCGAAUCUUUAAAGCCUCUGCCAGCUUUAAAGGACAUGGCAAGCUCAUCGUAUUACUUCCAGACCAUCCAAGCUGAACGGGUUGGGUCGAGCCCAAAUGGACGAAACGGUUCUCGAAAUCAAAAUGGGUUGCUUUCAAGAAAUGGGUCACAUCAUCCAAGAAGCCUCUCGAUUUCAAGUAGCACUCGGGCAUCUCCUUUUCACCAGCAACUGACUCAAAACUCACCAAAGCCAAUUGAGAAGCAAUAGAGAACGGGAUGUUUGGCAAGGUUGCGGUUUUUCCUAGUAUUAUUGUUAAUUUUUCUUCUAAAUUUAUUUCUAAUUGUCUAAAGCAGUAUAAGAAACAGAAACAGAUGUGGAGUUUAUGUUGUUGUGAUGAAUUUAGAAUGAUCAUGGCAGUGUAAUUUAUGAGGAGCUGUGAAGUUAUUUAAAAAGAAUUUUCUGCUACAAAAA